CAGAGAGCGCUCCCAGCCAAGCAGCUCCGCCGCUCUCCUCAGCUUCAGCUUCUCCUCCUGUCUUCUUCUUUUUUAUCCCCCCAAAAAAACCCCCGACAACAAACAAACAAACUCCAAAGCCGACAUGAAUUCUCACUGCAACGGGAAAGCCGGAGAGACCGCGGUGGAGGAGUUCCACUGCAACAACGGCUUCGCCGACCUCAUCAUCGACACCAAGAAGUCCGCGGUGGUCCACCGCAAGCACGACGAGACGUCCCGCAAGGAGGCCGAGGACGAGUCCCGCUUACCCGCGCUGGAGGCCGCCUACACCAGCAUCCUGCGGCACCUGGGAGAAGACACGGACCGGGAGGGGCUGUUGCGCACGCCGCUGCGCGCCGCCAAGGCCAUCCAGUUCCUCACCAAGGGCUACCAUGAGACCAUCGAAGACAUCCUAAACAAUGCCAUUUUUGACGAGGACCAUGAUGAGAUGGUGAUCGUGAAGGACAUAGAUGUGUUUUCCCUAUGCGAGCAUCAUUUGGUGCCAUUCUUUGGAAAGGUUCACAUUGGCUACAUUCCCAACAAAAAGGUGGUGGGCCUCAGCAAGCUGGCAAGGAUUGUGGAGAUCUACAGCCGGCGGCUUCAAGUUCAAGAGCGUCUGACCAAGCAGAUAGCCAUGGGAAUAUCUGAAGCUCUGCAGCCUAGAGGUGUGGCUGUGGUUGUAGAGGCAGCGCACAUGUGCAUGGUGAUGCGUGGCGUCCAGAAGAUGAACAGCCGCACGGUGACAAGCACCAUGCUGGGGGUCUACCUAGAGGACCCCAAGACUCGGGAGGAGUUCCUGGCUCUGACGAUGCGUGUCUAACGGACCUUAAAGCGCUCUUCGUUCCCAAGAAGAAAGCCACGGAACCACUCUGGGUUCUGCAUGCGACAUUGCUUGAAAUAAAAGAAAAAAAAAAAUAUUUACACACAUAAACAAACAAAUGGGAAAGAGACACCAAGUUGCUGCUCAACCUCCAGCCUGUUGAGUUGACCUCAAAACACCGAAGCCUGAGAGAUUUUAGUUGAAAUCACUGUGAACGCGACAAAGAAAAUCUUGGUGCCUUUAAUACAUGAUAUUCAAUCUUACGCGGCAAUAUUGUAAUGAAAUAUGUAAGCUGAGUGCAAUACUGUACCAUGGCAACUUAGGAAACGUAACAAUUUAUAUUUGUCUUGUGUCUUUUCCGAUGGGAAUUUCAUUGGUGCUUUUCCAAAGUGUUAUUUCCGUACCUUGAUACUGUGUUCAGCAUUCACUGACUUUAUCCAUUCAACACGCUAUUUGUCAUUUAUAAAUACUUUUUUAGAAUCUUUGCAUUUUGGUGACAUUUUGCGAGACGAAUCAAAUGAUAUCUAAAGUCCAAAGAAUAAAGCCAAUUAAUGUAAAUCUGUGAUCAAAGAUGAUGAUAUUGUGUUCUGAAGUCUUAAAUAAAGCAUUCAAACAUUAAAAA